AUGCGCUCCCAGCCCUCCUUCAGCAUCUCCCUCCCUGACCCCUCCGCCCUCUUCCUCCCUGCCGCAUCCUCUCCCUCCCCCUCUCGCCCCAGGCUCAGGCUCUCUGCCGCACUCGUCCCUUGCUCGCGGCCAGCGACGUCCAAGCCCCCGACGAGCAUCAACGAGGAGGCCUUCUGCCUCAGCAACAUCCUCGCGGCACGCAAGCGCGCCAGGGGGCAGGGAGCUCUGACGACGGGGAGGCUGCGGAGGAACGUGUCAGCGCAGGACGUGACGGAGGGGGCAGCGAUGCUGCUGGAGGGCAGGGAAGAGGACGUGGUAAAGGAGGAGGAAGAGGAGGAGGUAGAGAAAGACAAGAGGACGUGGUAG